AUGUGGAUCCUCGCGGUGGCUUCGCUCCUCCUCGCAGGCUCCGCCGCCGGCGGAGCGGCGGUGCCGGCGAUGUUCGUCCUCGGAGACUCGCUGGUGGAUCCAGGUAACAACAACGGGCUGGUCACACUGGCGAAGGCCGACUACUCCCCCUACGGCGUCGACUUUCCGGAGGGCGUCACCGGCAGAUUCUGCAAUGGGGGCACCGUCGCCGAUCAUCUAGGUAGAGAGAGAGAGAGUGAAAGAAACCUUCGCCGGAAAAAGCUCUGUACUUUUCUCGUUCUUGCCCUCUGAAUCUCUCUCCUGAACCUCGUCAACCCAGGAGAGCUGCUCGGCCUCCCGCUGAUCCCACCGUACAACAGCCCCUCCACCGCGGGUUCUCGGAUUUUCCAUGGCGUGAACUACGCCUCUGCGGCCUCCGGGAUACUCACUGACACCGGGAACCUCUAUGUCCGAACUCUCUCUCACCAUUCCGUCUUCUUCUUCUUCGUCAUCUUCCUCAUGGUCAUCUUAGUCUGGUGCAGGGAGCCCUCUUCCCGAUGGAGCAACAGGUUCAGAACUUCCAGAGGACGGUUGGGGAACUGAGGACCCAGAUGGGAGAGAGGACGGGAGAUUUCCUCCGGCGAUCUCUGUUCCUGGUCUGCGUGGGGAGCAACGACUACAUCAACAACUACUUGGUUCCUCUCUCGGACAAGCCCAGGGAGUACACCCCCGCCGCCUACGCUUUCCUGCUGAUUCAGCAGUACAGAAGACAGCUCGAGGUGGGCGGAGAUCUCCGGGAAGAAGACACCUCCCUCCCCUUCCUCCUUCACCUUCCUCAUCUCCGUGCUCUCUCUCAGAGUCUCUACUACUCGGGGGGGAGGAAGUUCCUGAUUGCCGGGCUCGGCCCUCUCGGCUGCACGCCGAGCCAGAUUGGCGCCGCCGCCGGCAACUCCAGCGACUGCGUCAGCAGGACGAACAGUCUGGCCCGGCAGUUCAACGCCAAGCUCAGAGAGAUGCUCCGGCGACUCAACGGCGACCUGCGAGGAUCUCGUUUCCUCUACUGGGACACCUACUCGACCAGCGCCGACGUCAUCGCCAACUUCUCCCUCUACGGUGAGCGUCCUCCGCCGCCGCCACGUCUCUCCGUCGUUUGAUUCUCGCGAUGAUGAUCCCUCCCGGCGGAUUCCUUCCUUUAGGGUUCCGGUACCCACACACGGCGUGCUGCGGAGGAGGAAGGGAGAGGGGGAAGAUCGCGUGUCUCCCCUUGCUUCCUCUGCAGUGCGCGAACAGGUCGGAGUUCAUCUUCUGGGAUCCGUUCCACCCCACCGACGCCUUCAACGCCAUCGCAGCACGGCGGGCCUUCGACGUGAAUGUCCGGCAGCUGGUGCAGUCGUAG